CUCUUUGAAAACCCACCACCUCUCCUUCUUCCUCCCCCAAAACCCUCUUAUUACAGCUUCCAACAAUGGCUAUCAGCAGGAAGCCCAACAGAUUGGCACAAACAGCCGUGAUAAAGAAAAUCCUGAAACGAUGUUCCAGCUUAGGAAAGAAACAAGGCAACGGUGAACAACAACAACAAGGACUCCCUUUAGACGUCCCCAAAGGUCACUUCGUCGUUUACGUCGGCCAGAACAGAAGCAGAUACAUUGUACCCAUCUCGUUCUUGACCCUACCCCAGUUCCAGAGCUUGCUCCAUCAAGCUGAAGAAGAGUUCGGGUUCGGUCACGACAUGGGGCUCAUCAUUCCUUGUGAAGAAGUUGUUUUCCAGUCUUUGAUAUCCAUGCUCAGAUGAAUUCAAGACUGGUUGUUUUUUCAUGGAGAAAUGUUGAAUUGAGAUGAAGCUGCUUCGUUUGCUUCUCUCAUUAUAUUUUCCCCUCCCUCUCUCUCUUUUUACUGAGUUGUUUAAACUGAAUCUGACACACACAAACAAAA